AUGGCGUACAAUCAUCGAAUGAGCCAGCAAUUUCAUGGCUCCCAACAGCAAAACCGGGGAGGCCGCAAAAAAGAAGAUGAAAAUGAUGCGAUGAUGCGCCUGCCCGAUAAGGAAAUCGCCGGCUGUAUAAAUGAUAUUGGCAUUCCUUUCACCGCCGCCGAUUUGAUAAAACCCAACCCGCAACAGGUUCAGAUGGUUCUAGAAUGGUUUGCAGAGCUUCUUAUGAACACAACCCGUGACACCGUGGAGCCGGCUAUGCGUGCUGCAGCUGAUGACAUUUGCGGCGAUUUUCCUGAUAUUGUGCCCACGGACACCCGGAACCUCAUGGGCUUUUUCGCUAACCUGAGAAGAUUGAUGCUGGAAUGUGGCGUUAACGACUUCACCUUCACUGAUCUCACAAAACCUACCCACGACCGUCUAGUUAAGAUAUUCUCGUACCUCAUCAACUUUGUUCGUUUCCGCGAGUCGCAAACGCCUGUAAUCGAUGAGCACUUCAACAAGACGGAGAAGACUAAACAACGCAUUGACACUCUCUACGCAGAAAAUCAGGAAAUGGAACAACGGCUUGAGGAAAUGCGCCGGAAUCUCAAGGCGAACGAGGCGGAAGUCAAGGCGAAAGUGCGAAGAAACGAAGAACUUAAGGAUCGUCUACGAUCACUGGGCAGUAGUCAAGAGAGGGUUGCCGAGACAUUGGAGCGAGUCAAGGCGGAUAAGGGACGGCGGCAGAAUCAACUGAAAGAGAAAGUGGAGAGGACCGUGCGAAGUCGACAAGAAGUUGAUAAACUCCGGCCAUAUGUGAUGGAAAGUCCCGCAAGUCUUCAGUCGUCCCUUACUGAACUAGCAGAGAGUCUUAUGCGAGAGAAGGCUCAGAUUGAUGCCAUGGAGAAACGGGCUCGAGCACUGCAGACAUCGUCGGACACCUUCACUGUUGUGAGCAACGAUGUCCAGGCAUGUGUUAAGCUCCUCGAGGAUAUUUCUGUGGAGUUACAGAAAGAGGAGGAUGAGGAGUCCCGAGCCCGCAGGAACAAAGAAGCCAUUUCCGAGAGGGGUAACAAUGUGCGAGAAGUUGAGCAAACCGAGAAACUACUACAGCGACAGCUUGCGCGUUGGAACGAAAGAAUUGAAGCUUUACGGAACAAUGCCCGUGAGAAGUCAGAGGCUGCCCAGAAGCAAAUGGAGGAGCUCCGGGCUGUGCAGUCACAACUUCGGGAUGAGCGAGUAGAAAAGCAACGCGAUAUGGAGCGAAGACGAAUCAGAAUAGAACAAACAGAGAAAAAGAUGGCGGACCUGAAGGAGAACAUUGAGAGUGAGAUUCAAAGUGCUCACGACGAAUAUCUCAAGUUGGAGUCGCAUAUCAAGCUCUACAUCACUGAGAUGGAGAAGUGUCUGUAA